AUUACCGAGUUGAGACAAUUCUUUACCCUGCUCAAGUGCAGUGUAUAAAGAGCGCAACAAAAAGAGCUAAGGUCUGCUAAAAUCGAAGGGAAUGUAAUCAAGGUAGCCACUUGUUAAGUACUACAAGACAAGGGCGGUCGAACAAAAAAGAAUGCAUGCUGCACGCUGCUGGUCUGCUGUUAGCCGUUGCAGUGGCAGUGGCAGUGGCAGUUGCAGGCGCAUUCAAAGCCAGAGCUGUGGUUGGCAACUUACCUGAAAUGCUGGCGGGUUUGAACAAACGAUUCCAAAAUGCAAUCUAUGAAAGAAACGAGAGAAGACACGAGAAACGAAAGCCAAAACCACAAAUUUUAGCUAAUGAAUAAAAAGUAGAACUGUGCAACAAAAGACAAAAACCAAAGGAAAAAACUUUCACAGCUCAGCAAAAGCUAAAGCAAAAGUUACUACGAAAAUUUGCAUACGAACACAAAGUGUAAAAGACCCUCUCCCCUCAAACCCCAAUCCCCAACACCCAACACCCCAAAUAGCAACUCCUGCCAUUAUUUCCAUACUCCACACGCAGCAAAAUCAGCAGCAGCUAAAUGACUAACUUUAGCCCCAGCUUCAGCUUCAGCUUCAGCUGGCUGUUAACCGCGCUUCUUCCAUUUCUGUGGAUGCCAGAUGAGGCCAUCGCCCGCAUCGGCUACUUCUGGCACGUGAGUGACCUGCAUCUGGACACAUUCUACUCCACACAGGGCGACAUUUACAAAAGUUGCUGGCAGCUGGCAGCUCGCAACCCGGCCUCCUCUGCCGCCGUGCAGGAUCUGGAGUCACCGGGUCCCUUUGGCAACUACAACUGCGACAGUCCCUGGAGUCUGGUCGAGUCAGCGGUGAAGACCAUGAAGGCCAAACAGGGCGACAAUGUGGAGUUUGUGCUCUGGACAGGCGAUGCCCUCUCCCAUUCCGCUCAAGCGCUCUCCGAGCAGCGGCAGCACGAGAUUUUGCGCAACAUUACCGAGCUGCUGGGACGCAGCUUCUCCUCGCCCUUCAUCUUUCCGGUGCUGGGCCACGAGGAUGGCGGUCUGCACAAGUACAAACAAAUGGGUGAGCUCUGGCGUCACUGGCUGCCCACCGAGGCGCUUGUCACCUUCGAGCAGGGAGGCUACUAUUCCAUCGAGCAGACUAGGAGUCGCCUGCGCAUCGUGGCACUGAACACCAACUUUAUGCGACACGACUACGAUGUGGACUCCAAGCAGGCGCAGAGUCUGCGCUGGCCAGUCGAAUACUAUGCGGAACCUAAGGCAUCCAGUCGCACAACCACCGCCCAGGAUCAACUGCAGGCCGAGCAGCAGUGGCUCUGGCUGGAUGAGAUCCUUACCAAGUCGAGGAAUAAACAAGAAACGGUCUAUAUAGUGGGUCACAUGCCGCCUGGAGUGGAUGAGCGUUACCUGGGCACACCACACCAUGGUCAACUGAUCUUUACGGAGCGGAAUAACCAACGAUAUUUGGAUAUAGUGCGCAAGUAUGCCUCGGUCAUACAGGGUCAGUUCUUUGGUCAUCUGCACUCGGACACCUUUCGGCUGAUCUACGAUGAGCAAGGCACACCCAUUUCUUGGCUGAUGACGGCGCCGUCUGUGGUGCCACGCAAGGAGGGUAUUGGUGCCUCCAACAAUCCGGCACUGCGACUGUACAAGUUUGAUACGGGCAGCGGUCAGGUGUUGGACUACACACAGUAUUGGUUGGAUCUGCCGUUGGCAAACCGGGUUCACGAACCCCUCUGGCAGCCCGAAUACAAUCUGACCCACUAUUAUGGAUUGGGCGAGAUCUCGGCGAUAGCGUUGCAUAACUUUGUGGAGCGUUUUACGGGCAGGGAUGCCUCCUGGUUUGGCAGAUAUCAACGUGCGAAUGCUGUCCGGUUUCAGUCGGGUUCCGCCUGCUUGGGUCACUGCAUGCUCAAUCAUUAUUGCGCCAUCACUCGGCUGGACUACGACGAGUUCCGGCUGUGUCUGGAGACGGAACAGCUGCCGUUGCAGGGCCAGGCAACGGUGGCAGGGUUGAGCAGCUGCUGUGCUGUCAUCUCGCUGCUGCUGUUGACGCUGAGCUUUCUCCGCUGUUCACUGGUGCAGCAGCAGCUGGAGACGACAACGAUCACGAAUUUAUAAGUGAAUUAACGAAACGAUGAGUUUAAAGAAAGUACAGAGGACGACUUGGGAAAGUUUCCUCAACUCCCAUCUUAAGCUGCAUGCAGGCGCGCACUUUUCCUAAUGUCAAAUAAAUAAUGCGCUAAUCAAAACUCAACUUAUGCUGUACUUGUGCAUGUCUCUCUGUGUGUGUGUGUGUGUGUGCUUCUGUGUGUGUGUGCUUCUG